AUGGUUGGAUCAGUUAGCCAAGGAAAUGCCUACCAGGUUCGGUCUUUAGCUUCAGUGGCUGCUCAGAUGGCUCUUACAGAUAAUUUAAGCUACGCAUUCGAAUUCUUCUCUCUCAACUUUUUUGAGGGUGGUGUUAUCGCCCACUAUGCUCUGGCAAAGAAUGCCUUUGAUCCAUCGAUGGUCAAUUCAGUUAUAACACUGUCCUCUCCGCUCAAGUCUCCAGUUUUAUGGCUAAGUAAUCGGUUGAUGGAGGUGCAUGAACGUAUUCGCAAAUUCUGGGGCGAUGUGGCAGUUCAUCCUCGUUUUGACCAUCUUGUAUUUGUGUCAAUCACCGGAGGAGUUUUCGAUUACCUGGUCUGGGAUGGACUGGCUGACAUCGACUUGCCUCCCGAUCGUGCCAUUCAUUUGUCCACGGCAUCAAUUAAUCAAGUCUGGCUGUCGUGCGAUCAUCUCUGCAUCCUGUGUCGUGUAAUCGAUAGAGAGGUUAUUCAGGUCAAGAUCGAAUGGUCAACCGAGAAUGUCAACCCCACCGCCGAAAUUCAGAUCUACCCCACCAAGUGUGGAGCUGUUUGCUGCAAAGUGCAAACAACUGGUUCUUCGUCUCAAUCGCGCCCUUUUUGCCCAGGUCAACGCAACGACAUCAAAGGUACCUCCCACAUUGCCCCUAACGAGGGUCUGUCCGGUGCUUCCUCCACCUCCUCCUUCUUAAAUGUGACAGUCGACCAGCAGUGCGACUAUUUUCUAGCUCGUGAACCACUGGAGUCUCGUGAAGCCCGAAUGUCGGUUUUCAAAUCCAACUUGCUGUCGCAUCCGGUUCCAUUAGGACUAACCAACCGCUGCCGCCACCACCAACGCCGUCUGGAUGCUCUCGAAGUUGUAGAUCGGGCGUCUGGUCCCCGCAACACUCAGUGUCUCUGGGUUAACAGAGCUGGCGACCAAACUGGCGUCUACACCGUACCGAAGGCAACUAACUGUGUGUACUUGAAAAUCGGACCGCUGACGGGCAAUUCGGAAGAGCGCGUCCUCCUUUUACCCACUAACAUUGUCAUCAACGAGAUCUUCCUCUGCGACAAAUCGAUCAAUUCGGUGCCGUGGGGCUGUGUGGGUGCUUACGUAAAAUGUGUUUUCGGCAUCUUCAUUCACAUGUUAACGUCCCCCGCAAAGAAUGAAGGAAAUGUCGACUGCUAUUCGCUCCUUCGAUCGCCUCGUGUGGAGGCGUUGGCGGAGCGUGUAACACCCAUCCAGAAAGGAUUCAGUGUCACCGAACAGCUCGGCUUUGGCUAUUUGGCUCGAAUGCCACCAAUAGUAUUCAUGCUAGCGUUCCGUGAAGUGCGUUUAGUCACCGUGGAUCACCCGUUUAUGAUUGCUUACACCUGUCAGCGCUUUGGGAGUCAUUCCAACGGCCAUCUGGUUCCUGGCCAUCCACGGGACCACGCGGGGAUUGGUUGGCCCGGAGUGGUUGUAUUGGUUAACUUAAACUCGGUGUUGUGGACACCAGCUCUUUUCCCAAGGCGUGUUGAGAAGAGGCUGAGAAUUGAGCCUCUACCUGAGGGGCCACUCUCAGUCAGUCAUAGCUUUUCUCCUCUUCUUCCUACUCUUCUUCGUCUUCCUCCUCCUUUUCUUCUUCGUCCUCCUCCUCCUUCUUGUUUUUCUUAUUUUUCUUACCCCUCCUCCUUCUUCCUCUUCUUCGUCUUCAUCUUCUUUUUCUUCCUCCCCUUCUUUUUCUUCUUCCUCUUCCUCCUCCUUCUUUUCUUCUUCUUCUUCUUCUUCUUCUUCUUCUUCUUCCGGAAUGUAACGAAGCACACUAAUUUGAGGGAGCGAAGGCUGCACCACUUGCACUCUUUUUUCGCUCCGCGCCACAUCCGCGAUCCAGCAAUCCGGAGACCGCAGCCCCGUCAAGCGAGAUCCCUCCUGUCUUUUAGCCCCACGGUGUACUUGCUUCCAGAUGAACUCGUGCAGAGAAUUCUAGUCCCCGGAGACGACACCCAAGCACACCGCUCACGCGACCUCCUAGUCAUUGCGCCCAGUCGUGCCAACAAGCUCGAGACCCCAAUCGAUCUCUCUGGCGCCGCUCUUGUCGUUCGCAUUUUUUCAAAGAAACAGGUGUGUGGUUACGCAUAA